CUUGGUUGGCUCCCCGGUGGCAAGCCGCAACAUUGUGUCUUCCACUCAGACUCAAGGCUUACUUGGGACCAUGCUAUUAUCUGCUUCAACAUGCAUAGCCACUUUCAAAUGCCACACACCAUCCUCAACCCUCUUUCUUUCGUCCUGAACAGGCUCCCUUCCUGCAUUUGGUCCAUCCAUUAG